AUGGUGCUCUCAGAUUACACCUAUGUUUUUGCCAUUGGCACCAUCUUUGCCCUUCUAGAGGCAUUCAACAACGGAGCCAAUGAUGUUGCCAAUUCAUGGGCGACCAGUGUCUCCUCCAGAUCGCUGAAUUACCGUGCGGCCAUGGUCUGCGCCUUUGUUUUCGAAUUGAUAGGCGCUUUGACUGUCGGUGCACGGACAGCCUCGACAAUCAAGAAUGGAAUCAUAUCUCCGGAAGCCUUCCAAGGGAACGCUGGGGUACAACUACUCGCCUUUGCCUGUGCUGCUGCCGGUGCUGGUACGUGGGUCAUGUGGUGCAGUAUGAAUAACAUCCACGUCUCAUCCACCUACUCGCUUAUCUCUGCACUGGUGGGUGUGGGAAUAGCAACCGUUGGCACUAAAGGCGUCACUUGGGGCUGGAAUGGUGGCCAGGGUGUAGGCGCCAUCUUCGCCGGACUGCUGAUGGCCCCUUUCAUCGCAGGAUGCUUUGGGGCUAUAAUUUUCAUGCUCAUCAAGCUCAUUGUUCACAUACGCAAGAACCCGGUUCCCUGGGCUGUCUGGACGUCUCCGUUCUUCUUCCUCAUUGCUGGCACAGUCUGUACCUUGACAAUCGUCUACAAGGGUUCUCCAAGGCUGGGACUCAGCAAAAAGCCAGCCUACUGGAUUGCAGGUGUUACCCUUGGUUCUGGUUUUGCCCUUUGUCUGCUGUCGGUCAUCUUUUUCCUGCCCUUUGUUCACGCAAAGGUCAUCAAGAAUGUUCAAGAGCUGAAAUGGUGGGAAGUCGUCAAGGGUCCGCUGCUAUGGAGACUACCCGCCAACAAGGAUGCAUCAGCGAAAGUGCCAAACUUCGAGGUCGUCCAAUAUCCCGACGACAGUGACGCGGAUUCCACCGAUGUGGCUAAGCAGGAUCUGAAGCAACCCACCGAAGCCGGAAUCCCCUCUGAGAAGAUCACCCAUGCCCAGCCUAACACUACCAGCGUCCCCGAGCCUCACUCACUUCAGCAUGAGAUGGAUUCCUCCGACUACAAGAAGAUGAUGAGACUGGCUCGUGAGCGACAUCACGCAAACAUUCGGAAGAAGGCAAACCCUCUUGGCUGGGCCAUGCGCACGCUUCACGAAAAUCCCAUGGGUGCUGGCUCCUUGUACGAAACCCACAACAUUCUCACGGCACUCAAAAGGAUCCCAGCGAUGCUUGUAGUGGCACUCCUUUACGGUACUCACUAUGAUAUCCACACUGCACAAAUUGGCCUUGAAGGAACUCCUGAGGGAAAACGUAUGGCACGCACAUAUGCCCAUGCAACCAAAUAUUCCAACGAGGUUGAGUAUCUGUAUUCCUUCGUCCAGAUCAUCACCGCCUGUACUGCCUCAUUUGCUCACGGUGCCAACGACGUUGGCAACGCCGUGGGUGUGUGGGCUGGUAUGUACGCUGCGUGGACCACUGGAAGACCUGCUGCUACUAAGGAGGAUGUCCCCUUGUGGCAAAUUGCGGUCAUUACCCUGACCCUCUGUAUCGGCUUCAUGACUUACGGCUACAACAUUAUGAAGGUUAUGGGCAACAAGAUCACAUAUCAUUCGCCAAGCCGUGGCUCAUCCAUGGAAAUGGGUGCCGCUAUCACUGUAUUGAUAUUCUCGCAAUACAAGUUGCCAGUUUCCACAUCCAUGUGUAUCACCGGCGCCACCGUCGGUGUCGGUCUUUGCAACGGCAGUUUCAAGGCGGUCAACUGGCAGCGAGUUUUCCUGCUUCUUCUGUCUUGGUUCAUUACGAUCCCUGCUGCUGGACUACUCGGCGGCUGUACUAUGGGUUUGGCCUUGAACACUCCUCAUUUCAACUAA